CACACGUACACUGAGACCAGUGACAUAAUUAAUAUAAAGCCACUCACGCUUGCACUCGCUACAAAGAAAGUAGUUGUGUGAGCAUACCAGAAGUCUUAUUUGAAUUUCGUACUUGAUAACAGCAACAACUCAAAACACAACGUUCAAUUUUCUCGAAAAGAAAUUAUAAGAAUAAUAAUAUUAAAUAAAAAUUUAUAUAGUAUUAUAUAUUAUUUAGUGUCUAUUUUAAAUUAAACAUGCGUGGAAAUUAUUCUCUGAUGGUUUUUCUAUUUUUUGGAUUUGGAUUACAAGAAAUUUAUUGUCAAAAACAAGAACUAUCAGGAAAAUGUAGAGCUCCUGAUAAAGCACCUUUGAAUCUUGAAAUAAUAAUUAAUAUUUGUCAAGAAGAAAUCAAAUCCGCAUUGCUUCAAGAAGCUUUAGAUAUCCUUAAUGAUGGCACUUUGGAACAAAAUACACCAAGUUAUAGUAGACCGAAAAGGGACGCUGAUGAAGAUUUAUCAAAUGAGGAACGUAGAGUUGCGGGGUGUUUGCUCCAGUGCGUCUACAAGAAAGUGAAAGCAGUUGAUGAAACCGGCUUUCCGGUAGUUGAUGGUUUGAUGAAACUGUAUAACGAAGGAGUCCAGGACCGAAACUACUACAUGGCUACAUUAUCCGCAGUUAGGCAUUGUAUUUCUAUUGCACAGCAGCUAAAACAGCUACAACCCUCCAAAAAUUUUGAUGAUGGACAAACAUGUGAUCUUGCUUAUGAAAUGUUUGAAUGUGUCAGUGAAAAAAUUGAAGAAAACUGUGGAGUCCAAAAUAAGUUGAAUGAUUUAAGUCAACGUCAAGUUUAAAAAAUUUUCCUUGAUUGUAUUUUAUAUAUACCAACAUUGUACAUAAUCACUUAACUUUAAAUUGUA